ACUCGGUGUACGUUUUGUUCUACAAUUACUAAUUGUAAACAAAAUAAGUAAAAGGCGCAAAAAAUGUUCACCCCAGUCGUUUUCGUUUGCCUGUCGGCAUUAUUUUUUGGCCUUUGUGCAUCGGAAAAGCUGAUCAUCGACACCGACGCCGGAGCCGACGAUGCGGUAGCGAUUCUGUUACUCCUCAGAGCCCUGGCCGCCAACGAUCCAUCGGUUCCCAACUACGAAGUUAUCGGAGUCACCUGCUCUUACGGAAACACAAACGAAAAAAACGCCGAGUUGAACAUCCGCAAAACGCUGACAGUCGCAAAAAGAUCUGACAUUCCCAUUUUUGCCGGGUCGAAGAAGAGUCUAAUUGAAAAGUUCGAGACCGAUAACUUCUACGGUCAAGACGGACUCGGCGAUGCCGUUUUCUCGCUCCCGAUCACAGCUCAGAUUGACAGGUCGAAACGCGCGCCCGAAGCUUUGAUCGAAUUGGCGAAGGCCAAUAGAGGAAAUGUGAGCAUAGUAGCUUUGGGACCGUUGACGAAUCUGGCCCUAGCCAUCUCUUUGGACAACGAUUUUUCGUCGUACAUAAACAAGUUCUACGUCAUGGGUGGCAGUGUCCACGGAGUCGGUAACAAGGCUCCUAACGCCGAGUUUAACAUGGCAGCCGAUCCCGAGAGCGAUGCUAUUUUCUUCGACUCAAUACAAAGGGAGAAGCAGAUCGUCCUCGUUCCGUGGGAAACUACUGCCGACACCCCGAUCGCGAAAGAUUGGCGGAUAAACGUUCUCGGGACGUCUAAGACAUCUUACGUGGACUUUUUGAACGCCAUCGAUACCGUUAGUCUGUCAAAGGAAAAGGAAACCUGGAACCGUCCCGAUGCGAUGGUUUCGGUCAUUCUCAUCAAACCGGAUAUAAUCACCAAAAUCGAGACCUUCAAUGUUCAGCCCGUGUUCGACGGCCAGGCGAGAGGCAGCUUGUUGGUGGACUACUACGAUCUGACGAAGAAACUGAAGAACACCGACAUCGUCAUGUCCGUAGACGCCAACGCUUACAAGCAACUGCUGCUUCGCUAUCUGUCUUGCGAGAAUCCGCCUUGCCAAAAUGAAUUGUAGGGAAACAUUGUAACGAUAUCUGCGUGCUUGAUUAAAAUUGUAAUUAAGUAA